AUGCCUCCAAAACCAAGUCUUCCUAGUCCUCAGCGAGUUCGAACUCCGUCUCCACCUCGUGCUCCAUCACCAAGACAAAGUGAUGAUAUUAAUCCUCCCAAAGGUUUUGGUGGAGUGAUUAAUGAGAAAGUUGUGGAACCUGUCAAAGAAGCCAUCAAAGACAAGGUAUACACUUCUGAUGAUUUACUUGAUCGUUCCGGCAUUUAA